GUGCCUGGAGAGGAUCUGUGAGCUCCUCCAUCAUCACUGUUUCUGUGUGAGGCAGCAGCUCCGGAGCUUUCAGCCAUUUUCUCCUCAGCCUCCUCUCAGUCCGGAUCCUCAGGGUGUGAACCGGCUCCGUGUCCGACCCGGGUCUGACUGCAGGUGUGAACGGACCGGCCGGGACCCGGGUUACCUUCCUCCAUCAGCUCCACAUGUGACAGCGGUGAUGCAGACAGCUCGUGGACUCAACACCGACAACACACCGUGAAGCAUCAUGGGAGGUGGCAGAUGGAGGAGCCGGCCGUGGGCCGACCAGAGCCUGUGACACACACACACACACACACACACACACACACACACACACAAAUCAUGGAACAAGGCUUCAGCUUAAACACGCUGAAGAAGCUGGCGGCAGAGCCAGACUACACCGAUGUGUCGCUGACGGCGGCGGAGCGAGUGCGGGCGCUAGGGAAGAUGGGAUGCAGCGUGGAGAUCAACGAGGACAUCGCACCGAGGCGCUACUUCCGCUCCGGCGUGGAGAUGGAGCGCAUGGCAGCGGUCUACUUGGAGGAGGGAAGCCUGGAGAACGCCUACGUCCUCUACACCAAGUUCAUCACUCUGUUUGUAGAGAAGCUGCCGACGCACAGAGACUACCAGCAAUGCAGCGUCCCCGAGAAACAGCUCAUCAUGAAGAAACUUCAGGAAGUUGCGUUUCCUCGUAAAGACGAGUUGAAGAAACGUCUUCAGGAGAAAUACAGCAGGGAACACACCGAGUACCUCAGAGCACAGAGCCAGGCGGCAGCGGUGGUGGUGGAUGGGUGUAGCCAGCAGCUGCAGAGACUCUCCCUAUUGGGUGAGGACAGGAGGCGGUACGUGCUGUUGGAGGAGGAGCGUCAGCGUGUCGCCACCCUGCGACGCAUGCAGAUUGAAUCAGAACAGUUUCGUUACUUCGAGGACCAGCUGAGGCGUCAGGAACUGGCCAAUAGGAGAGGAGAGGAGGCGGGGCUGAAGGUUCAGACCAAAGUGCCUGAAGUGACAGACGGCUCCUGUCUGUCCCAGCAACCAAUCAGAGACAGUGUUCGAUCCCAGGGGGCGGAUCCUAACCGGAACAGACCGCUAGCUCCUAUCAGCCAACCAGCCGCCACGCUGGCUGGAGUACACACCCACAGGGUGGAGGGUCUGCGGCGGGUGGUGGUUCCCAGAGAUCUGACAUAUCGUUUCCUCCUGCUGGCCGACUCCAACACCGCCAGAGGAAUAGAGACAUGUGGAGUCCUCUGUGGACGACUGACGCACAACGAGUUCCUGCUGACUCACGUGGUCAUCCCCAAACAGUCGGCCGGGCCGGAUUUCUGUGACAUGGAGAACGUGGAGGAACUCUUCAGUUUCCAGGACCAACAGAACCUGCUGACACUCGGCUGGAUUCAUACUCAUCCCACUCAGACGGCCUUCCUCUCAAGUGUCGACCUACACACUCACUGUUCUUAUCAGCUGAUGCUGCCAGAGGCCGUUGCCAUCGUCUGCGCCCCCAAACACAACGACACCGGUGUGUUCAGGCUGAGCGGUCCGGGGAUGUCGGAAGUUUCCGGCUGCAGACUCAAAGGUUUCCAUCCUCACUCCAAGGAUCCUCCUCUCUUCACUGUGUGUAAACACGUGGAGGUGAGGGACUCAAAGAUCAGCCUGCUGGACCUCAGGUGACAGACAGGAGGCGGCGUUCGUUUUUAAUGUCUGAAGAGGAAACUGUGAACACACUGCCACUGUGUGUGUGUGUGUGUGUGUGUGUGUGUGUGUGUGUGUGUGUGUGUGCGGGCGUGCGUGCGUGUGUGUGUUCAGUUUUUUGGGAGUUUUUUGUGAACUUUGUUUUUUGAAGUUUUAUUUGAGCCUCUGAAGCAGCUGCUGCCGUACAUAAAUAUGAAUCUAUAUUUUUGCGGUGUCCGUGUGGAUCAGUUUCUCCGACCCUGUGUGAUGUGACGAUGUGUGUUUUAAUAUUAACAGCAGAUAUGACGUGUGUGUGACAGCUGAAGUGACAGAGUGCCUUCUCAUCAAACACCCACAUCACGUCUGAGUCUGUCGUCGACAGCAGAAACAUUUAUCUGCUCUGUAAAUCACCGCUCCUGAAAGUCUGAAGGUAAAUGUUCUUUUAGUUCUGGUGCUCUUUGAUUACCUGCGGUGUCACACCGGCACGCUUUUGUCCUCUGAUGUGUAACGGUGGCGCUCUCUUGUUCUCUGCAAAGUGCAAAGGCGGAGUUAUACUUGUGCGUCAGCUCUAUGCAGAGCCUACGCCAUAGUCUACACCUCUGUGAGCAUUUAUACUUGUGCGGUGGUGUGUCUGUGUCACUCUGCAGUUACACCUCCAAACCACUAGUGGGCGGUGGGGUUUCUGUUAAGUGCUGUAAAGUUUAGUUGAUUCAAAACACACAUUAAACACAUUAAACACACAUUAAACACACAUUAAACACACAUUAAACACAUUAAACACACAUUAAACACAUUAAACAUGGCUUAAUAGAGACAAUUUCAAACACAAGAACACAAAUCAGCUUCACUAUAACUCGCAACAUUCACAGACAAACACUUGUCUUUAUCUGGACACAUUUUCCCCACAAAUACAACAUGCUAACGUUAUUAGCACAAGCCUAUGGCAUUUUACAUUGUAUAAAUUAGCCUAGCAGCUAGCAGAGAUUUCCUCUGCUCAUAUUUCAGCCAGGAUAAAUCACACAGUCUGUGGAGGCUUUAUUGUCUUCACAGUUUAUUGUUUCUUACCUGUGAAAUUAAAGUAAAUAAAGGCUUUGUGUCCACUGAGGGAAAUGGUUUCAGCUUACAGAGACAGACAGGAGGUCUGCGUCACUGUGACGUGUUGUUACAUUUCUGGAGUGAGUGUCAGACUACGGCGUAGACUCUGCGUUGACACUGUGGAGCUCUCAUUCUCUGAUGUCACACGGCGGCACUCACUCAUUCUCUGGAGACAGGGACACGCCCCUCCAGCUGCUGAGAUGAAGCUUCAGAUAUUUUUAUGAAGGAAACAUUUUUAAACCACGUCGACAUGAAUUCAGAGCACAGACGUGAUUCAGUUGGAUUUUAAAUGAACCUGUUUUUAUGGGAAAUAUAAUUUAAACGUACAGACGCUGACUGUUUUGGGAUCAGGUCAGGUGCUGCGCCCCCUACAGGCAGGACCAGGAACUGAACUCUUAACACUGCAGUGUGAACAGAGCAGCUGGAUGAGAUUCAGUUUGUGCACCAGCAGAUGUGUGUGUGUGGGUUGUUUUUCAAAAUGCCAUUUUGUGGUAAUAAAACACAAACUGCUGCUCCAACA